AAACGUCUAUCUCCGGACCUACCCCGGCCUACCCCACCUCGGCAGGUGAGCUACUGGCCUUCCUUAUCUGGCACUCUGAUAGUGGCCACAGCAUCCGAUGACUAUUUGAAGAUUUAUAUUCAUCACCAGUAUGAUCACCUAUUUACUUAACACAUAUCAUUCUGCAUCUUCACGCAGACAUCGAACACAAUCUACCAUCAAGAAUCGAUCUUUGAUCACUUCAAUCUAGCACAAUAUCUGUUCUCACAGCCAUGUCAUCUACUAUCCCUCUCAACACCCAUCGAAAAGCCUUGAUAGGCUCACCUUCAAACUUCUGGUCGCACUCUACCAAGAAUGGCUUUGACCUCACCCAUCCUUCUACGCACUCGUCGCCAACUACGGGACCCACACAUACAAUUCAGACACGAGCUGAUGCCAUCACAAUUGACCCUUCGAAAUCCGCCCUUGUCAUCAUCGACAUGCAGAACUUCUUCCUCUCCGAAGCUUUCGGCCGCGGCCAAAAGGGUCCUGGUCACAUCGCUUGCGAAAAUCUGGUCAAGUACGCUAUUCCAGCUGCACGAAAAGCUGGCAUCAGAGUCGUAUGGGUAAAUUGGGGGCUUACGGAGGAGGAAGCCAAAGAUAUGCCGCCAGCUGUGAAACGCGCAUUUGGUUUCUUCUCCAUUCCGGAAGAUGCCGAUUUCAAAGCCGACGACGCUUUUGGACACCAAGAAGGAAGCGUGAGCAUGGAUCGACAUGGCAAAGAAAACCAGUCUUUCUACCGUGGUAUCGGGGCUGACUGCGGGAUACUCAAGUUUCCAGACGGGAAAACUGUAGACGGAGGUAGAUUGCUCAUGCGCGAUUCUUGGAACGCAGCGCUUUACCCUCCACUUGAUGCCAUGUAUGUCGAAGGCAGCAAGUUGGGGAGUAGGCCUGACGUCUGGAUCCAUAAAAAUAGGAUGAGCGGGAUGUGGGGUGCCACCACACCCCUCAAAGAGUUUCUGGAUAAAGAGGGCAUUAGGACCUUGUUCUUCACAGGUGUCAAUACCGAUCAGUGCGUGGGUGGAACCCUGACUGAUGCAUUCAGCAAUGGAUACGACUGCGUGUUACUAGGUGACGGAUGUGGGACUACGACACCAGACUACGCGCAGCAGUGUUGGGAGUAUAAUGCCACUAGAACCUUUGGAUUUUGUGCGAGUUGUCAACAGUUUGCCGAGGGUGUGGGUGGCUCUUGAAUAUGUAGUCUAUGUAUCUUCAUUCGAAUACAGAAACUGAUGUAGAAGAAUCGUGAGUACAACUGUAAAGUCAACGGUCUGAGUGGAAAUUC